AUGACCAUCAACAUCAUCGCAUCGAUGGAAAAGAAAUACAAAGGAUUUGUCAGCUACGCUUUGUUUCUGUUGCGGCCGCAGUUUAUCCUCCGAAGCGAGCGCGUGUGCCGCAGUGGCAGCCCUGGCACGGAAAUGUUUUUCCUCAUCGAAGGCGAGUGCGAGCAAAUGGACCAAGAUAACCACAACGUCCGCGUGUUGGGAGAGGGGACAUUAUUUGAAGCAUAUGCGUUGCUGGCACCCCCAGAAGAGCACUACCGUAUGCAAAGCACCGUCACCGCCCUCACGCCAACGUGCCAGCUGUACUCGUUGUCGGUGCACGAGUUUGAGUCCAUAGCCGACUUGUCACCUGCGAUUUCGGUGAAUUUGGCGUACGAGUUUGCGAAAUCGAUCCUCCAAGAUGACUUUUUGACGUUGAACGACGAACAAGAGGCCGUGGUGUUGGGGGCAAUUGAACGCAAGAAGACGCUGCACCCCGAGGGUUUGAACUACGGUCCUCUCACCAACAUGGCUAAGGUGGCGAUGGCCAAGCUGCGCAUUGUCAAAGGAAGCGUGCUCCCUGAAAACGUCAAAGAAGCGAUGAAAGGGGUCAUGUCCAAGACCAAGCACACGCUGGGGCUGGCGUCGGGGGCGUCGUAA